AGUUAAAACAAACUAGUUGUAGGUUUAGGUUGUUGCUAGGGCCUACGGGCCGUUUUGGUUUACAGCAGAUUAUGGUUUUUCCUACAUGACCUGAAUGCAGCAUCAGAUGAUGAGAGUGGGUCAUCAGCUGCAGACAGUCAGGUGUGGUCGGCGGGGAGAUAUUCCGACCGAAGCAGUGAUCUAGCGGACUUCAACAGGACAUAAACAACGUAAAACGCGGAUCUGUAAAAAUGACCGAGUGACAGAGCACACCUCAACAACCAAACACCUUUUUAACCUGGGCUGAAGAACGUAGCUAGAGCCCUCCUCCUGUAACAAUACAGGGAACAGUCGACUUUUCACCUAUCCGCAAGAGGAACUGAAGUGAAAUUAAAGAAACCGCAGCGGAUGUAACCACUACUGAACUGCAGUGAAAAAAAGAGAACCUUUCAGGUUCUUGCAUCUUCUUGGAGUUUAGGGCAAUAAGUGGAUUCAUGAUCAGUUGUUAAGUCACCUGUCCAUUUGGCUGUUAGAGCAACAACCACAAUAUGCCAAAUCCCUGUAAUCAUAGAGCCUUAAAUGUGUGGCUUUCCAUGCUUAAAUAAAUAGAUCUCUGUGAAGACGUUGGACUUCAUCCAAAGGAGGAAGAAGGUAGUGUCCACACCUCACUGACAGAACUGUGGAUGUAAAAAAUCAGGGCAUAAAAAAAACGAUGAGUUGUCACGAGUUGGAAAUCCCCUGUUGGAGUGUCGGUGGGUGUGACUGGAACUAAGGUGGAACCACGUGGCUGCUCUCAGCCGUCAAGCAUGAAUCAUACAUACAGAGCUCUUCAGAAACGGUCUGUUUUCUUCUGGCUGCUGUGGUUUCACUGUGAAUCCAAACUGAAUGAUGCAGACUUCUGAACUGAAACUCAAAGGAUAAACCAAAACACAAAAGGUGCUGAAAUUUGACUGGAAUGUUAUUGGCAGAGGAAUGCCUGUGAUUUUUGGACAAACUCUUGUGCUGCUUUGAGCUGGUAGCAUUGGGAGGUGAAAAAAAUCAAAAACACUGGGGAGAUCAGCAAUAUCACCUCCUCCUAUGAAACUGAUUUUACUUGGAAAUACAGUAAGAGGCCUUCCAAAUGGCGGGAAAGGACUACAAUCAUCUCUUCAAACUGCUCAUCAUUGGAGACUCCAGUGUUGGAAAAAGCAGUCUUCUGCUCCGUUUUGCAGACAACUCCUUCUCUGGCAGCUACAUCACCACCAUCGGUGUUGACUUUAAGAUCCGAACAGUGGACAUCGAUGGAGAGCGGGUUAAGCUGCAAAUCUGGGACACAGCGGGGCAGGAGAGAUUCAGAACCAUCACAUCAACGUACUACAGAAACACCCACGGGGUCAUUAUUGUUUACGACGUGACAAAUCCCGAGUCGUUUGUAAAUGUUAAGAGGUGGUUAAAUGAAAUCUCCCAGAACUGUGACAACGUCUGCAAGAUUCUAGUGGGAAACAAAAAUGACGACCCUGCCAGGAAACGAGUGGAUACCCAGGACGCUGUGCGUUUUGGGGAGUCAAUGGGGGUUCGGGUAUUCGAAACCAGUGCCAAAGAGAACAUAAACGUAGAAGAGAUGUUCAUGGCCUUCACUCACAUGGUGCUCCGGGCCAAGAAGCAGAGCCAGAACAGAGCCGAGAGGGAACGAGAGCGGGAGAAGGACACCGUCAACAUCAACGCCCACAGAGACCGAGACCGCAGGAAGAGAGGAAAGAAAUGCUGCUGAGCCCCAAACAGACUUCACAGCCACAUAGCGCUCAUCCCUUACACAAGAAGCAUUCAAACAAGAUUGGGAAAACGUGCCUUAGGAGGAAAGUGUUCUGUGUUUCAAACUGCAGAUGUGAAUGUUUGAAACUGUUGCCGGCAGUUCUGCCUAACUGCUGGUGGUGAAUGGAACUGAGACAGAGGGAUUUACAGUCUGUCAGCACUGACUGCAUGUAGCAGCUGGGAGGUUACGUGAGUUAAAGGAUCAUUCUGGUGUUUUUGAAUGUUUAGCCCAUUUACUACAAAUCACAUUUAAAGCAUUCUGUAGUGUAUUUUUGUUGUUGUUGUUGCUCUGCUGGCAGUAGGGACUGAUGAUGUCGAGGUUGGUCGGUGAGUCAUCUCUGCUGCAAACUGCCCAGAUUACUAUAAGAAGUUGAAAAUGCUUCCCAUAAAUCCAUAAUAUUUUCAGUAUCCAUUGGCCUUUUCAUUAGUGCCAAUCAUGAAUCAAAUUUCUAUUGGAAAAAGAAAAAUAUUGGACAGGUGCCAUGUCAUUAAGAACAUAUAAUUCACAAUCUUUUAGCCAAACUAGCUACUGUGGUUCCAAGAAUAACUAAAUUAAUAUGGUUUGUUACAGGACUGCAACUAUUGACCUUCUCUUUAAUCUAUUAACCAGCUGAUUACAAUCUAUUCCAAAACAUGAUAAAAGUGAAACGUCUGCGCUACAUUUCAACAAAGGAGUAACAUAACUAAAAGAGUCAGAGCAAUCAUGAUGUGAACUAACUCAAUUCUUUUUGUCUCUGGAAGUAUUUUAAUAUUGUAGUGAUAUAAACAACUGCUGCCGGAUUAAAAACACAACAAUCUGCUGUAGAACUGUAUGUGAUCGUGUUGAGUGAGCUAAAACAUACAGACACUCUGGUGCGGUCCUUUAACUUUGCACUAAUGAACCACUGUUAAUUGCUGAUGUUUUAGUUUUUUUUUUUUCUUAAUCCAGUAAACCUAAUUUACCACUGAAAGGGAACUGGUUGCAGUUGUUACUAAAUUGUAACCUUGACACACUAACAGGUGUGAUGAUGUGUACUCCGCCUAUAUGAGGCCAGUAAUAAUCCAAGACUACAGUAUGUGUGUAACCUCGACAAAUUACAAGCCCAAAAUGUUUAAUUCAUUGUUGUUGUUUUUUUAAAUAAAUCUGUUGCUUAGCAAAUGUGUCCAAAUCUAAAUAAAGCAAUACAUCCAGA